AUGCCGUUCCAGCUGCCUGCUAGGGCAGACCCCAGCAAGUACUACUUCGUCGGAUUUCACGGAACAGAGCCAGCAAAGGCGAAGAAAAUAGAACAGGAUGGCUUCAUUGAAUCCUAUGCCGAUGCCGUGGGUUCAGAAUGGCGUGGUGUGUACGUGAGUCUUGACCGCGCGGUGUCAAAUGCGUAUAGCCUGGAUGGCAAAGGUGGCGAUGCAGGGACAGGGGUCAUGCUGCAUGUGUAUGUCGAGAAAGUGAUUGUGGACAACGGCCACCCGCCCUACCAAGACAUGGCCGACAUGACCCAUCCGCAUGGCUCAAAAGAUAGGGGCAAACACGAACGCCUGUGGAAAGGAGAGCCAAAAGAUUUGGUGGUGAGCAGGGAGCCCCUGGAAGGAGCCGAGCCGGCACCAAACGAGUGGCUUGCCCCGCAUGACCACUACUACGACGAGAACACAUGCCGCUGA